UGUAAACAAAGAAAUAAUACCGUAGCAACAGAAAAAUGUAAAGGUUUAUAGUUUUUUUUGGUAAUCUAUAAAGUAUGAGGUUAAUAUGAUUCUGAGAAAAAUAUGUUGAUUUAUGUAGAGAGCAAUUUAUUUCAGUUUAAAACAUUCACUCUGGUGUGCAACUCCUACGAUACUAUCGCAAGGGGAAGAGCGUAUUUACUGCACAUCCUGUAUGAACUGGGUAAAAGCCAACACCAAUUCAGAUUGAGAUUCAAAGGAGAAUAUUUAAGGGAUUGCCAUACAUUUGACGACUAUGGAAUCCUGGAUAACUCUGUUAUCAAAAUGGUGCCUAUGGCACGAACAAACGCAAAUCAAUUAAAGCUUGGAUCAAAACAUAGCAUUAACAUCGAUGAAGAUGUUCUAACACCUGGACCCAAGCCAGAUCUGUUGCCAGAUGGACAUUUGCAUGAAAUACAAAAAGCUGUCAAACAGGAGGUUAAGAUAUUUAAAAGAAGGGAGAACCUUUUAGGAUUUUUUAAGGCAUUACUUUGGAUUCAUUUUCUUGCUGCAUUUAUGGCAUUCUCCAGUUAUUACUGGUAUUCAGGAUUUUGGUCAGGUGUCUUAAUGUUGUUUGGCUUGUAUUAUUGUCCUACUUACUCGAAAAUGGCCGGUUUUGUUGGGCGAAACAACAUCAGUCACAACCAAUUCCUAACCUUUUUCGGCAUUGGUUCAGCACUCCAUUUCACAGGAUCCCUUCUAAUGGGUGUCUACCUUGUCUUAGAAGUACAGUCAUACGCGUGCGGAGAAACCGAGGUUACUUGUAAUAGGCAAAAAGAAGUACUAACUUGGUCAGUUGUGUUUUACUUGGGACACGCUGCAUUCCUCCUUGCAAGUUUUAUUCUCGUCUUGUUGCUAUUCAGAAACUUCCAGUACGAGGUUGGUGACAUCAUUGUGGACAAUUUAGUCCAAUCCCGAGAUCUUGAUAAAGUGUUAAAAAGUGCCAAGUUGGGUGGAGUGAAGGAACGAAGAAACGCUGCAUUUGAGAUGGUCAGCCUUGUGGCAAGUAACAUUGAAACAAAGAUGGCAGUUGUGGAUGAGGGAGGAUUACAAGUCCUUAUCAACUUAGCCUUGUCCACGGAUUCAGCAACACAGGAGUAUGCGACAGAGGCGAUUUCAGAAAUGCUCACCGUUCCAACCAUCCAGGCCAAGUUUGUUGAGGAUGGUGGAAUCCGUACGCUGUGUGCCCUACUUCGAAGCACCGAUAUGCGUGUUGUUACUGAAGCAGUGACUGCCAUGUCGUACAUUGUCGCCGAUAAUGAAGAAAAUAGACUGUCGUUUAUUUCUGACAACGGGUUAAACGAUCUCUCUCAUGUCUCAACCAAAGUAUCUGCACCGCUAUCAAGAAUCGUCGCUGGGAUGUUUCUUGAGUUGGCUUUCAGCUCGGAAAUUCGUUCAAUAAUGGCAACACAAAACACCCCAAUCCAUGCACUAUUAUCACUUUCCAAAGUAGAUGAUCAUGAAACACUUCGUUUGGCUCUGCAAACAUUGGAACUGCUAGCAAUAGAAAACCCGGCUAUCAUAUUGGCAAAUAACAACCUGCUUCUACAACUUCUAUCAGUGACCAAGUUUGAAGAAGACGAACAACUCUACCUCCUGAGUGGCAAAAUAAUACUGUACUUUGCUUCAGAGGAAGACGCAUGUCUAAUGCUGGUUGAAUCAGGCAAACUCAAAUCAACUCUGCUUCAGUUUUCGCACACAACAAAUGCGGCUCUCCAAACAGUUAUAGCGAAGAUUGUGUUGGCUGUCAUUGAUUCGUAUGAAAACAAAGAUACAAUUCUUGAGAUGGGGCUAGAUGAAGUCUUGCUGAACAUCUAUAACACAACCGACAACACAGCAUGGGAGUUAAUAGACCGGGCGUUGACUAUAUUACGAGAUAUUGCGCCGUACAGCAAAAAGUCUGAUGGCAGUGUCAUACAAUCCGAUGACGGUAGCGGACCAAGUACAAGUCAACAAUCAGAGAAAGAUAAAUCUGGACUUGGAAAGAGGAAAUGAUGUACUUUUAUGUGAUGUUUAUAUAUGUUCUCGUUUUUUUAGUGUGUCACUUAGUACUACAUGUAAAUAAUUAAAAAGUAAGAAUAUACAAUGCCCG